GGCGGGGCCCGGCCUGACUGGCCAAUGGCAGUGCGGAGCCCAGGACCAGAGGUCACACGUCCAGUGCGCGGGAAUUUUCUCCUGAGAAGAGCCGUAGAAGGCAAUUUCACCUCCGAUACCUGUCAAGAGGUAGCACGGGAGAAAUAGAAUCUUUAGAAACAGGUGUCAAAAUUUGUACUGAUUUAAAGAAAGAAAAUAUGUUUUCACCAUUCAAAUAUUGUGCAAUAGACUAUUUAUAUGAGAGCAUAGUUAAAAAGAAGUUUUGCAGAGAUGCUUUAUUACUUCGAAUCCCUUCAUGUUUAUAUCAAGAUGGAAAUUAUGCAGGAGUUACUGAUGAUACCUUCAGAAGGCCAUGGACAAGAGUCUCACCUGUUUCAGUUUGGGGAAUGAAAGACACCUCAAUUUUGGAUCAAUGGAAAGCAAGUCUCCUUGUGGAGGAGUUCCUUGAGAAAAAAACAAUUACAGGAAAGGCGAUCCAUAUUAACUGUGAAUUUGAAGUUGUUCCAAGUUCAAAUCCAAACUCCCAAACUGAAGUAGAGGAAGCCAGCUUAUACACCCAUAAGGACUACAAUGAAGUCUUCACACUUGUCAGCUGUUCAGAAAAAUAUCCAGCACUUCAAGCACAGAACCAAGAUUUGUCUAUUGAUGAUGAAGAAUUAAUUUUUGAAAAUAACUUGGUAGACUAUAAAAGUCAGCUACCAACUUUGCAUACUCUGUUGAGUAGGCUAAAACUAUUUUUAGUAAAGGACCCCCUUUUGGAUUUCAACAAACAAAUCUUCACAGAAGCUAAUUAUCUCAGGGAAUGUUUCUCUUUUCCAAGAGAUUUUAAAGUUCUUGUGAAUGAAGAUGGAUAUGUGGAUAAAGAGAACUUUUGUCAGGAGAAGUUAGAAGAUACAGUAGGUUUAAAUGAAGCUGUAAUACUUGCUUUCAGUAAUAUUUUUAUGAAACCGUCAAUUUUGCUUGAGUGUGAAUUCUUAAUAUCUACAAGCCACAAACAAGAAGUUGAUAUGCCAGAACUCUCAGAACUAAAGGAGUCAUUAAACUUAAUGCCAGAAACAAUAAAUUUUAUAGAUGAAAAUGAAAAGCUUUUCAAAAGAGAUCUUACUACCAAGCAUAGAAUUAACAUUGAGGAUAUAAAAUGCAGCUCCACAGAGAUUUUGAUCAAUCAAAGCCAGUAUGAAUCAGAGUGCGGUAAACCAGAAUACAGUAAACCAGUAGAGUUAGAAAUGCCAUUAACUCAUCUACAUCUAGCAAGCCAAUAUUCUCCUGUGAAUUCGCUAUGUACAGAACUUGAGACAUUUCCAUUUUCUCCUGUUGGUAAAAUUAGUUUGCUUACUGCUGAAGAAUCAGCUAGCAGAUACUGUACGGUGUCACAGUUAGAAAGCUGCAGAAGCUCUUUGAACUCAUUUUUGCUUACAGUGCCAAGAAUUGAAGAACCCAACAGUCAAUAUUCAGUUGCAGAUUUGAAAAAGAUACUUUCUAUUGAAGAAGAAAACCUUGUAAUAAACCCUGUAGGCACAGAGUGGUGGAAGCAAGCAGGACUAAAUCUGAUAAUGACAGCAACUCUGGAACAUCUGAAUACAUAUUUAUGUCAUGAUGAUCUCUCUACUGGUGAUACUACAAAGGAGAUAUUUUUACCUACAGAAGUGCUUCAAUUAGAAUCAUGGCUAGAACCUACAAGUUGUUCCUCACCUAUUAUACUUAUUAAUGAGGCAUCUACAAAUGAUCAUUUAUCACUUUCACAAAAGAGUCCAGCUCUGGCAAAAGAAGUACCAGACCUGUGUUUUUCUGAUGAAUAUAUCUCUGUUGAAAGACCAACAAAAGAAGAAAAACCAAAGAAUGAUCUAGAACUAGUUUAUAGAAUAGAUAAAAAUAAAGAAAAUGAAGAUUACUUGGAACUUGACUGCACAGUACCACCUAUUGAAUCAUCUUGCUCUUCAAAAAUUGAAAAAGCAUCUCUUAAACUUGGUAAAAAGCAGAAGAAUGAUUUGGACCUUUUGAGCGAUUUUAUUUUGCUGCGAAAUAAGUAUAAGACUUGCACCUCAAAGACCGACGUCACGCAUAGGGAUGAAAAUGUUGAAUUUCGAGAUAAAGAAGAACAUUCUCUGACUCUUCAAGAAGAAAGUCCUAUUAUUUGUACUAAUAAAACCCCAGAGGAUAUAAAUCAGGAAAGGAGCACAAGUCAUGUCACUGAAAUUCAAGCAUCAGAUAGCCAGUGCCAAGCAUACUGUCUCCUAGAAGCAGCAGCCACUCCUAUCUUAAAAAAACUUGCAUUCCUCUGUAGUCUGCCUGCUGCUAGUUGGAAAUUUGCCACCGUUAUUUUUGACCAAACAAGGUUCCUCUUAAAGGAACAAGAAAAAUUAAUGAGUGAUGUUAUUCACCAAGGUACAAAUGAUGAAAGAGAAAUGAUAUUCAAGUAUGCUGCUCUCUUACACCUUCUGGUAACAAUUAGAGAUGUCCUUUUAACAUGUAGCUUGGACACAGCAUUGGAAUAUUUGUCAAGUGCAAAAGAUAUCUACAAAAGCAUUUUAGGCUCGUAUUUGGAUGACAUUUGGAGACAGCUAGAGAUUGUACGGUUUAUUAAGGGGAAAAAUCCUGAAACCAACUAUAAAAUACAAAAAUUGCAGCAUCAGAUACUAAAUUGGAUGCAAAGUGAACAGCAAAUUAAGGUGUUGAUUAUAGUAAGAAUGGACUCAGAUGGUGAAAAACAUUUACUGAUUAAAAUCCUUAACAAAAUGGAAGGUUUAACACUGACUGUUUUACAUUCGAACAAAAGAAAAAAUGUCCUGGAAUCCGAAGGUGUUUUAAAUGGCCCAAGUUCCUGUGUAGUUGUAUAUAAUCAAUAUAUUGGAGCAGAUUUUCCCUGGAGUAAUUUCUCAUUUGUGGUGGAAUACAAUUUUGUAGAAGACUCUUGUUGGGCUAAGCACUGCAAAAAACUGAAUAUUCCUUAUACAACCUUAAAAGUGAUUCUUCCAGACACAGUUUUAAAGAGAAGCACCUUGCUGGAUCAUUUUGGUGGUUUUCUUUUGGAAAUUCAGAUUCCAUAUGUGUUUUUUGCAUCUGAAGGACUUCUUAAUACUUCAGAAAUACUUAAGUUGCUAGAAUCCAACUAUAAUAUCACACUAAUGGAGAGAUGCUACGGUGAGUCAUUGAAACUCUUUGGAGAUACAAAGCAUUAUGUAGUGCUGACAAUUGAUGAACACACUGCCAUAAUUUUGCAGGACCUAGAAGAAUUGAAUUGUGAGAAGGCAUCAGACAAUAUCAUUAUGAGACUGAUGGCAUUAUCGUUCCAGUACAGCUAUUGUUGGAUAAUUUUAUAUAACAAAAAUACACUAAACUCAGAGUACCACCUUACAGAAAGUUCACUUCAUCACUUGGCACUGAUUUAUGCAGCUUUGGUUUCAUUUGGGCUAAAAUCAGAAGAACUGGAUGUCAAGCUUAUAAUUGUCCCAGGAGUGGAAGAGACUGCAUUGAUAAUUCGACAAAUUGCUGACCACAAUUUGAUGACCUCAAAGAAAGAUCCUCAUGAAUGGUUGGAUAAAUCCUGGCUUGAAGUUUCACCUUCUCAGGAAGAAAUGUACUUACUUGAUUUUCCAUGUAUUAACCCAUUGGUGGCUCAGCUCAUGUUGAAUAAAGGACCUUCACUGCACUGGAUAUUAUUAGCAACUCUUUGUCAACUCCAGGAACUCCUACCUGAAGUUCCAGAAAAAGUGCUAAAGGAUUUUUGUAGCAUCACUUCCUUAUUCAAGAUUAAUUCUUCUUCAAUAACAAAAUCACCUCAAAUGUCAUUACCUCAGGAAAGUAGGACUCAGGCUAGUACCUUUACUUCUCAGAGUUCAGCUUCUGGUUUUUCGAACUCUGCCAUUCAAGAACAAAAUGACUAUUUCCAAUAUUCAGACUUAGGAGGGACAGUGCAUGAAGAUACAAAUACCACUUUAAAGUACAACUCUUCCCUUAUGGAACUCAGAGAAAUGCCAGGCAUUUUACCAUUUGUGACUUCUUACAAUCAGACUAGCCACGAGGAAGACUCCAGUUGUAACCGUAUCAUAGUGCAGAAUAAUCUUUUCCUAAGAAAUACAGAAUCAAGAAAUGCAAAAGGUAACUCCUUUCUAAACCAGAAUGAUUCACUGACAGAUGUCUUUUCUUUGGGAUUAUCACAAAUGAAUUGUGAAACCAUAAUAUCACCAAUUGAUACUCAGAAGAGAGUUGCCCCUAAUUUUAAAAAUUGUCAGAAAAAGGGAACAUUUGAAGCAAAAGGACCUAUAAAUAAAGAAGUAUCUGCCCCUAUCUUUUCAUUAGAGGGCUCACAAUCUCCUCUUCACUGGAACUUCAAGAAAAAUGUGUGGGAACAACAGAAUCACUUAUUCAAUUUACAGUAUGGUGCAAAGCAGACUACAUGUGACAAAUGGUACUCUCAGAAAGAUAACUUAUUCACUAAUCAGCAAAAAUGUCUAUCAGUUGAUUUAGACAGCUUCAUACAUGAAAGUUCAAGUGCUGGGACUGAAAAGACCUUCUGUAGAGAAUUACCUUCUGUCCCCAGUUUGGAUCUAUUUUGUGCUUCUGAUUCUAAUGUAAAUCAAAAAGAAUUCAACAGUCUUUAUUUCCACCAAAAAGCUGGAAAAAGUUUAGGACAGAAAAGGCCCUCUGAAUCUUCAUCUGACUCAGGAGACAAGAAAUCAUUAACAGAUUUCAUGCGCUCUCAACUACCACAAUUCAAAAAAAGACGUCUAGUGUAUGAAAAAGUCCCUGGUAGAGCUGAUGGACAAACUCGUCUGAGGUUUUUUUAAAAAGAGAAAGUGUUGCACACCACAUUCCACUGUUUUUGAUGAUCACCCAGUAACAAAAUGAUUUAAAUUUACUCAUACAUUAAAGAAAAUGUAAUCAUUCUUAGAUGUUCUCCCAUUUCUAUAUUAAAUUUUCAUAAUGUAUAUUCCAUCCAGUUUGCAUUUUUGUAAGUCCAAUAUCCUAAUUAGCAUAAUUGUGAUAAGAUGCAAAGAGCUCACAGAUUCACCUAACACCACAUUCUUUUUUUUUUUUAGAGAAAUACGAAAUUUAAUUGUAUGCAUACAAAAGUCUUAUUUAGUUUUCUCCUGAAGAGUCAGCUGCCUCCCAGCUUUCCCCCAGGAAGCCUUUUUCAUGCACCUCCACCUCAAUCUGACCCUUUGAGUCAAGAAGUAAACUCCACAGUUAAUCCUCCACCACUAAGAAGGUUAAAACCUCAGUAAAACUGAAGUUAGAGAACUUCCAAUUUAAAGUGUUGUGUUCAUACACAGAGUUUCAACAUGAAUUACUAAGAGAAGGCAUUUGCAACCCACAUAAUAGAAAAAGGGUUUAUAUUCCUAAUACACAAAGAAUUCCUAUAAAUUGAUAGGAAAAAGACAAGCUAAUAGAGGCAUGGGCAAAAUAUAUGAAUAGAUAGUUCAUGGAAGAAACAAAAAUAGCCAGUAAAUGCAUUUGAAACAAUAUGAAGCUUCAUUAAUUUUUAGGCAACUGCAAAUUAAACUUUAAGGUGCUGUUUUUUCACCUAUCAGAUGGGCAAAAGUUUUGAGAAUUCAUAAUAUCCAACAUUAGUAUUUUGGAGAGACAACACUUUCUUAUAUUGCUGGUACAAUAUUUUUGAAGAAUAGUUUGUUUAUUUUUAAAUGGGUAAUUGUAGGUUUCUAAUUCAUAUGGUAUUUGUAUUUCAUUGAAUACAUUUAAAAGAAAGACAUAAUCACUUUAUUUUUAAAUGUCAGAAUUUUUAAUAAAAUUAUAUUCUUGGCAACUAUUCAAAGUUAUGAUGAAAUGUUUAUAUGUCAACUCUAAAAUGGAGGUACACAGGUUUUUGACAUAAUUUUAUGUGGUACACAAGCAAAAAAACACUCAAAGACCACAGACAUACUCCUUUCUGGCUUGAGAUUAUCACCCUAUUAUUAACUAAAAUUGACCUCUACCUUCUCAGAUUCAAAGGACAUUGAGACAUCACCUCGGGGAACCUCUCUGCAGUGUCCGACACCUAAUAACAUCCUCCUUUUUGAAUCAGGCUUAACUCGACUUUGUACCGCCUCUUACUCUCCUCUUUCUACUCCACUUUUAUAUUUUAAUGUUCACUUUCACUUGGGUAUGUAGGGGGUGGAGACUUUAAAGAGAAACUAUUUCUGGAAAUUGAAUUGGAAUUUCUGUUUUACUCUCUAAGUUUUCACAGGAUUGCUCCUAAACCAAGGUGAGGCCAAGGCUCCCCAGAUUGCAGAUUUCCUUUAUCCCUUCUGUAAUCAGACGCCACAGGAGAGGAGUCUCUUCACAGGCCUUAGAUUCGGCCAGCCCUGUGCUAAGCUACCACCAAAUGGAGUACAAGCAUCUGAGUCCUCCUGCUGCACUUCUCAGAAAGGCUUGCUGUUCAUGCAUACAUUCUGCCUGGGCCAGUUGGAGAAGGGGAGGGUUCUCUAGUGCUGCUGUCCAUCAGAUGUACUACUGGGAGACAAGUCUAGUUUUGGGAACCUCAGUGCAAGGAUAAAGGAUGUGAGCUCUGCAACAGCAGAGCACUCUCAGGGAACAACUGUCAUGUUACUGGUUGGGCUGGUCCAUAAGGAGAAGCUUGAAGUGUCUAGAUAGGCUCUUGUUAGGAGACCAAGUGUCAGUCCAGCUUCUAAGAUCCUCUCCCAAAAGCCCCAUCAUAUGGAAUUGUUUGGAAGCAGCCCAACAUCCUUGCAAUGAAAACUUCAGUUCUUUUUCUGAGGGCAUUUCCCUAUGAGGUUUUUCACAUUCUAAGGGGAAUUCUUGCCCUUAGAUCCACUGCUGGUUAUAGUGAUACUCCUUUGUAGGCUUUUGAGCAGCCUUACCCCAAGUUCUUAGGCCCAGUCCAAAAUUUGAAGGCCUCACCAGAACAUCAGCUGUCCCUUCUAACUAUGGAUGGGUACGAUACUCCUCCCCUUGCCACUGAGACUC